ACAGAGAGCGAGACCCAUAGACAGGGGGAGAACGAUACAGAGAACACCGGCGGGUGAGAGCUCGGCAGCCUCCGGCCGUUGGUCGCCUCUUUGGUCGGGUUACCUGGUGGUCGACCCGGAACGUGGACUGUACCAAGAGAUCGGACCACCCAUCCUUGCUCCUGAUGUUGCUGCACGAGACCAGUGCUGGAGACCUCCUGACAGGGGCCGCAGCUCAGGGAGACCUGGCUGAGGUGAAGAGACUGCUGUACCAGGAGAAGAUCCAUCCGGACUGCCUGAACCGCUUUGGGAAGACCGCCCUGCAGGUGAUGAUGUUCGGCAGUACUUCGGUGGCCUCCGAACUUCUGAAGCAGGGCGCCUGCCCAAACAUUCAGGACUCGUACGGCAUCUCUCCGGCUCAUGACGCCGCUCGCACCGGAUUCCUGGACACCUUACAGGUCUUGGUUCAAUGUGGAGCCGACGUCAACACUCCCGACGCCUCAGGCUCUCUCCCCAUUCAUCUUGCUCUCCGAGAGGGUCACCUGCCAGUCGUCGCCUACCUCGCCUCACGUUCCAACUUACAGCACCGUGACCGAGAGGGCCGAACUCCCCUGCAACUCGCUUCUCUACUGGAUCCCAACCUGGCGGCCAUUCUAGAACUGCAUAGGUAGAAAAAGGAAAUGUAUAGGUGUGAGACGGACCAAGAAGAACAAGUGAGCGUCUCAUUGCAUACUGCGUUAUAAGACGCCUCCAGCCUCACUGUAUGCAUGAGCGCCAAUCACGCCUGCCAUGUGCCGCCUAAAGGCUCAGUAACAGCGGCCAUCUUUAUUGGAAACUGGCCGUCACUUCAAAUAUGGCUUCUCCCUACAAAAAGGCGGUAUAUAUGUCCUAUAGAUACAAACCUAAAAACUGUACCAGAAACUCUGUGUACAGGAGUACAUUUACCUUCAUAGAAGUGUAUAUACUAUGUGUAUGGCCGGUUAUGUGCAUUUUUUUAUGUUAAUACUCAGGUAUUUAAUUACUUGUUUUAUUGAAUAUUUUUUUUGUGUUUUUUUUUUUAUGUUCUAUACUUUUAGAUUUUAUUUUCAAUUUGUUCAUUUUAUUUUGUUUUUUCAUUUUUUGUAAUUUUUUUUACUUCAUUUUUUCAAUUUUUGUUUUGUUUUAUUGAAGUUUUUUUAAUUUGUUACAAUUUUUUUUUAGUUUUGUUUCUCUUUUUUUUUUAUUUCUAUUUUGUUUAGUUUAUUUUCAGUGUUGUCGUUUUUACCCGUUCCACAUUUCCCUAUGCAAGCGCGUUCAUCGCAGGUACACUGAGCCGUACGUCUCUCCCUUCGCGUUACAUGACUGUAAAUAGGUUUUUUGUCGCAGUGCUGUACAGUAAUAUCCGUAGAUCCCGUCCCCCUUCUUCCAGCAGGGAACAGUCAGAUUAGAAUUUGAGGUAGGCGGAUGGGAACAGAAGGAAUUUAUUUCAUUAUAAUCCUCCUACGAAAUGCCAGGAUGAGAUUCGCUUAGGCAGAAUUUUUUAUUUUUUACUAAGGUCCUAGUUUCUGUAACUCCACCGACGUGGGAGAGCACCCGGCGGGACAAUAGGAAUUUGUGGGGGCCACAUUGUCAAACUUAACCCCUUGUCUGCUGUAGAAAAGGCUGCAUAAGUCGCUGAUUCAUUGUUCCCUAUUAUUGGCCCAUUUUAGGUGUUUUAGUUAUGACAGACUAAGUACUAGUUACUAGUGAUCGACCGAUAUCGUUUUUUUAGGGCCUAUACCGAUAAUCGUUGGAGGUUAGGGCUGAUAGCCGGGGGGCGGGGCAUUAUUGGAUUAUCGAUAAUGCCCAAAAUUGUGAUUAUUGGCCGAUAAUAUCGGCCAAACCGACAAUCGGUCUAUCCCUACUAGUUUAUCUGUCUCAUGACAGUCCCCCAUUUAGGUCGGGGGGGUUACAGGGUGUCUGAAUACAGGCUCUGUACCCUAUUGGGGCAUAUCAAUGUUUUAGGGAGGCAAUGAGAGUUGCUCCUGUUCUGGCAACAUGAACCGUCCUAGUACUGCAUGUAAUACCACAUUUUACCUGUAGUGGCCGCUGCAGGGAAAAUGUCUGGCUGGCCACAGCUUCCUGUAGCAAAAUCAGCUGAUCGGCUCUGAUCGACUUCAUUUUACCUUUUUAAAAAGGAGGUAUCUCUUAAAGAUGACACCUUUAAAAUUGCAGCCAUAUUGUAGAACUUUCUUUCAGGGCCCCACCUUCCAUGUUCCUUUUAUAAGACAAGAGUUUUCUUAUGUGGUUGAGGGGUCUUUUUAGACCCCCUCAGGCAUUCUGGAUCAGGUGCAACUGCUGUCUGUAUACCGCCUGGCAACAGGGUCUCUAGGACUUCCCCUUAAACCUCCCUACUGUUCCGAACGGUGGAGCCGGGAGCUUGUGACGUCAUAGCUCCGCCCCAUCAUGAUGUCGUGACCCGCCCCCUCAAUGCAAGUCUAUGCAAGGGGACGUGACAGCUGUCACGCGCCCUCCCAUAAACUUGCAUUGAGGGGGCGGGGCGUGACGUCAUGAGGGGGUGGGGCUAUGAUAUCACGAGCUCCCGGAUACACCGUUCGGAACAGUUUGUUCCAAACGCUUAGCAGCGGAGUACCCCUUUGUCCAGGAACAGAAGGUCAAAGCUAAUUUCUUCAAGAAAACAGCGCCACACCUGUGCUCAGGUUGUGUGUGGUAUUGCAGCUCAGUUCCAUUAAAGUUACCACACACGACCUGAGGACAGGUGUGGCGCUGUUUUUUGGAAGAAAUUAGCUCUGGUUUUCUUUUCUUGGAUAAUUUAAGGAAUAUUUUACUGGGAUUUUUAGUCGCCAUGUUGCCCUGGCUCUUAUUGCCAAUUUUUUCAGGACCAACCAACAAUCUUUAUGCAUAUGGCGGCCUCCCGAGUCUUCCCUCCCAGGUAAUGUUGAGGAGAAGAAGGUGCGGCCAUGAUGAAUUUCUAGCCACCACCAUAGGUGUCUGGCAGCAGAUUGCCUUCUUCUCCCCCAGUUGGGAACAAAUGCAUGCUCCAUCGAGGUGAGCAUGCAUGUGUAUGGGGGGGGGAUGGGGAUAAGCAGCUGUCUUUAUGGACUCCCUAAGACAGUGUUUACCAAACAGUGUGCCUCAUUGUAGUUUUACAACAGCUGGAGGCACACUGCUUGGAAAACGCCGUCAUCUUAACAAUUGCCCAUGGUACAGAAUAUUUUGUAUGGUUCUUAUAGCCAUUAUAUUAGUAUUUUUUUUAUUUUGGGGAGUUUUUUUAUUUAUUUUUUUUUAAAUAUACAAAAAUGCCCCUUUUUUGUGUUGUCUGCAAAAGAAGAAAAAAAGAACAAAACUUUUAUUUUAUGCAAUAUUAUAAAUCAGCUUUUUUUUUUAUUAUAUUGUUUUUUAAAUUUUAUUAAAUUUUUUGUGUAAUUAAAACCAUAGAAACAUGGAGGUUUACGUGAUAACUUGGUGCAAUAUUCCGAAGUAACAUUUUAUUAUUUUUAUUUUUUUUGCAAUACAUAAAUAACAAGAAGGACGGGCUAUGGCGGGUUUGGUGUGUGGGCAAUACAUUUAUUACACUUUAUUGUGUUUGUAUGAAUUUAGAUGGUUUUUUUAUUUGUUUUGUGUGAUGACUUCUAUUAAUUUAUUUACCUCAUGAAUUCUGUGGUUUGAGAUUAAAGUUUGUUUGUUUUUUUUUUGUGUUUUUUCCAGACUGUAAGCAUGUGAAUUGCCCGGGCACACAUUACACUGUAUUUAAUGUCUUUUUAUUGCGCUUUUUUUUUUUUUUUGUAUUAAUUUAAGAUUUGAUGAAUUUUCAGCCUUAAUCUAUAGAGUUGUAAAAAUAUGAAUUUCUGUAUUUAUUGAACCCGAGAAGGAUUUGUUAUUGUGAUGAUUUUACGUUUUUAACUAUUAACUUAAUGUUUGUGGACUUGAGUGGAUUUUUGUUUUUGCUUUUAUUUUUUAUCUUUGUUACAUUUGAAUGUUUUUUUUUUUUUUUUUUUAUUUGAAUUCCGUCUGAGUUCUUGUCUGGUUGUUAUCAGCAUUGCUCGAAGUUUCAGAGAUGAAUAAAAUUAUACGGAAA